UAAUUUUGUUUAUAUUUAUGGACAAUAAUGUUCUUCAUCCAUGGAGGUAGCAAUAGCAUAACAGUGACUGAACCCAAAAAAUCAAAAUUAAUAAUCUCAUUAAUUUAAUAUUUUCAAUUUCUUCAAUUUAUUUUCAGCUUCUUCUUCAAUCAUUCACUUUUCAACAAUCAAAAUUCAUAGGAAUGGGUGGUUCUUCACCUCCUACUUCUUUUCCUGCUUCAUCGUCGUCAUCAUCAUCUUCGUGUUGCUCUCGUUUCUUGUCAUCGGCGCUUCGAUCCAAACGCUUAGUCACGCCGGCGGAGAAGACAGCUCGGGAUAAUUCCGGCCGUGGUCUCUCCCGCCGGCUCGGCGUCUUCGACCUUAUACUCCUCGGGAUCGGAGCUUCCAUCGGCGCCGGUAUCUUCGUCGUCACCGGCACCGUCGCUCAUGACGCCGGACCAGGGGUAACAAUAAGUUUUAUACUUGCUGGAGCAUCCUGUGUUAUAAAUGCACUCUGUUAUGCUGAGCUAGCUUCUCGAUUUCCUGCUGUUGUUGGAGGAGCAUAUCUAUAUGCAUAUACGGCUUUUAACGAACUUACAGCUUUUCUUGUUUUUUCGCAAUUAAUGCUUGACUAUCAUAUUGGGGCAGCUAGUAUAGCAAGAAGCUUAGCAAACUAUAUUGUUACAUUUCUAGAGAUCUUUCCUGUAUUAAAAGAUAACAUUCCAAAAUGGAUUGGACACGGUGCAAACUUUGGAGACGUGCUAUCCAUCAAUGUCUUAGCUCCGGUUCUCCUAAUGCUUCUCACUUUAGUUCUCUGUCUUGGUGUUAAAGAAUCAUCAGCUGUGAAUUCGUUUAUGACAGUGACCAAGAUAACCAUUGUUAUUAUUGUCAUUUUUGCUGGAGCUUUUGAGGUUGAUGUUUCCAACUGGUCUCCCUUUGCUCCAAAUGGUGUAAGAAGCAUCUUCACAGGAGCUACUGUAGUCUUCUUUGCGUACGUUGGAUUUGAUGCAGUUGCCAAUUCUGCUGAAGAAUCUAAGAAGCCACAGCGGGAUUUGCCAAUAGGCAUAAUUGGAAGCCUCUUGGUAUGUAUUGCAUUGUACAUUGGAGUAUGCUUAGUGAUUACUGGAAUGGUUCCGUACAAUCUUCUUGGAGAAGAUGCUCCUUUGGCUGACGCUUUUAAAUCUAAGGGACUCAAAUUUGUUUCUAUUCUGAUUAGUAUUGGUGCUAUUGCUGGCCUUACAACAGCACUCCUUGUUGGUCUCUAUGUUCAGUCUCGGCUAUAUCUUGGUCUUGGCAGGGAUGGUUUACUACCCUCAAUAUUUGCUAAAGUUCAUCCCAAACGCCACACCCCUAUUCAUUCUCAACUUUGGGUUGGCUGUAUUGCCAGUAUUUUGGCCGGGCUUUUUAAUGUGCACAUGCUCUCGCACAUUCUUUCUGUUGGUACGCUGACUGGCUAUUCAGUUGUAUCGGCAUGCGUUGUUGUACUUCGUUGGAAGGAUAAGACAAAUGGUCUAGUAUCGUCUUCAGCUAGGCGAGAAGGUUUAAUUUGCCUCAUUGCUGUUGCUGUUUGUGGAUUUGCUGCGGGGCUCUUGUUCCGUUAUGAGGCUUCAAUUAUCUUUGUAAUUCUGGCUAUAGUUGUUGGAGUUGGUGCUUCUCUUGCUCUUCUUUUCCGCCAGAAUACGUGUCACAACAUGUGGAAAACAAGUGACUUCACAAGCAGGAGGGUACGGCAUGGUUUCAUGAGAAGAAGAUUAAGUACUGAGGUUUAUGCAGAUUCACCAGGGUUUUCUUGUCCUGGAGUUCCUCUUGUUCCCAAUGUUUGCAUCUUCUUUAACAUGUUCUUAUUUGGCCAGUUACAUCAUGAAGCAUGGGUGAGAUUUGUGAUUGUAAGUAUUAUUAUGGUCGGUGUUUAUGCAAUAUAUGGCCAGUAUCAUGCUGACCCAAGUGCAGAAGAUAACGCUAUUUAUCACGAGGCUCCAGCGGAAUAAGCUCAGUGAAUUAUCAGUUCAAUAUUACCAACUUUUUUCCUGGCCAAGGGGAGAACAGGGUGUUUUGUUACUUUGUUAAAAUCUGUGUAGCAAAUAAGCUAUUGUAUGUUUGUUUGGGAAUGCUUACUUUAUCUGGGUAUACAUACAGGGUAGAUUGAAUACGAAACUGUCAGAAAUCUUUCUUAUUAAUAGCUCCUCCUUUUCUCCCCAACAUGUGUAUGGUGUAUCAUGUAUCUCUUGUUUACAACUUGAUUCAAAGGAGAAAUUCACCACGAAUGAUAAUUUUUGUUGUUGUUGACAAAGUGUGAAUUACUUUGAUGUGUU